AUGGUAAAGAUGAGUGGACUAGGAGAAAAUUCCUUGGAUAGCUUGACCAAUGAGUCAAGGAAGCGCAAGGCGUUGCCCUGUGAUACACCAGGUGCAAGUCUGACCUGCAGCGGUGAGAAGCGCCGGCGUGAGCAGGAGAGCAAAUACAUUGAAGAGCUGGCUGAGCUGAUAUCUGCUAAUCUGAGUGACAUUGACAAUUUCAAUGUCAAACCAGACAAAUGUGCGAUUUUGAAGGAAACCGUGAGACAGAUUCGACAGAUAAAAGAGCAAGGAAAAGCAGUUUCUAAUGACGAUGACGUUCAGAAAGCUGAUGUUUCUUCUACGGGUCAAGGAGUUAUUGAUAAGGAUUCUCUGGGACCUCUUUUGUUACAGGCAUUGGACGGUUUCCUGUUUGUUGUAAAUCGAGAUGGGAACAUAGUAUUUGUGUCAGAGAAUGUCACACAGUAUCUGCAAUAUAAACAAGAAGAUCUGGUUAAUACAAGUGUCUAUGGUAUCUUGCAUGAAGAGGACCGGAAGGACUUCCUUAAAAACUUACCUAAAUCUUCAGUUAAUGGAGUUGCUUGGAGCAAUGAAACACCUAGGCAGAAGAGUCAUACAUUCAAUUGCCGGAUGAUGGUGAAAACCUCUCAUGAGCUUUUGGAAGAUGUGGGCAGCCACCAGGAUAUACGUCAAAGAUUUGAAACAAUGCAGUGUUUUGCUUUAUCUCAGCCAAGAGCUAUGAUGGAAGAAGGGGAAGAUUUGCAGUCCUGUAUGAUUUGUGUGGCACGUCGGAUCACAACUGCAGAAAGGGCAUUUCCAACAAAUCCAGAGAGCUUUAUUACAAGGCAUGAUCUUUCAGGCAAACUAGUCAACAUUGAUACAAACUCACUGCGGUCUUCCAUGAGACCUGGCUUUGAGGAUAUAAUUCGUCGGUGCAUCCAGAGGUUCUUAUGCCAUAAUGAUGGACAGUCAUGGUCAAACAAACGCCACUAUCAUGAAGCUUAUACACAAGGUCAUGCUGAAACACCGUUGUAUCGGUUUUCCUUAGCGGAUGGUACCAUAGUGACAGCGCAAACAAAGAGCAAACUCUUUCGGAAUCCUGUGACUAAUGACCGCCAUGGAUUUGUCUCUACCCACUUUCUUCAAAGAGAGCAAAAUGGAUAUCGGCCAAAUCCUAAUUCAGUUGGGCAAAACAUCAGAACACCUGUGGCUGGAAACACAAAUUCUGUUGGUGGUCUUAUGAACAUGUCACCUGGUCAAGGCAUGCCAAUACAGAACAGGAAUUAUGGCAUGGGAGAUCCCAGUGCAGUGGGUCAGCUCAGCAGCACUCGAUAUGGAGGCCCUGGUAAUAUGGCACCAGUGAACUCUGGCCCUGGAAUGCAGUCCUCUGCUUAUCAGAACAACAGUUAUGGCUUAAAUAUAAGUAGCCCACCACAUGGUAGUCCUGGUUUAUCUUCCAACCAACAGACUCUGAUGAUAUCUCCUAGGAAUCGAGGGAGUCCAAAAAUGAAUUCACACCAGUUUUCUCCAGUCACAGGUAUGCACUCUCCAAUGGGAUCUGCCAGCAACACUGGCAACAGCACUUUCUCUAGCAGUUCUCUUAGUGCUCUUCAAGCCAUUAGUGAGGGUGUUGGAACUUCUCUUUUAUCAACACUUUCUUCACCGGGUCCAAAACUGGAUAAUUCACCAAACAUGAGCAUGGGUCAGCAAAGUAAAACGAGUACCCAGGACUCCAAAAGCCCUUCUGGUUUGUAUUGUGAACAAAAUCAAGUGGAAAGUUCCAUCUGCCAGUCAAACAGCAGGGAUCUCCUUAAUGAAAAAGAUAGUAAAGAAGGAAAUUUAGAGGCAUCUGAAAGUCAGAGAGGACCAUCCGAAAGCAAAGGUCAUAAGAAACUUCUUCAGCUACUCACAUGCUCCUCAGAUGAAAGAGGACAUUCUACAGCAUCAAACUCACCUUUAGACUCCAAUUGUAAAGAGUCUUCUACCAGUGUUACCAGUCCUUCAGGAGUUUCCUCAUCAACGUCUGGAGGGGUGUCUUCUUCCUCAAACAUGCACGGGUCACUCCUGCAAGAGAAGCACAGGAUUUUACAUAAAUUGUUGCAGAAUGGCAAUUCUCCUGCAGAGGUAGCCAAGAUCACAGCUGAAGCUACUGGUAAAGACACUUACCAUGAUGCUAGUAACCCAGCCCCCUGUGGAGAAGGGCCUGUCAAACAGGAACAACUGAGCCCAAAGAAGAAGGAAAACAAUGCUUUGCUACGCUAUCUGUUAGAUAAAGAUGAUGUUAAGGACCCACUUUCCAAAGAGUUGAAGCCUAAAGUAGAAAAUGUGGAUACUAAAAUGGGACAGUGCACUAGUUCAGCAAUUCCCACUUCUAGUCAUGAAAAAGCGAUGAAAAUAAAAACAGAACCAGCAGAGGAGAUGAGUGGCGACUUGGAUAAUUUGGAUGCAAUUCUAGGUGAUUUGACUAGUUCAGAGUUCUACAAUAAUGCUAUGUCUGCAAAUGGAAACAACCUUGGGACAAAGCAAGCAUUAUUCCAAGGCAAUGCCUUAUUGGCAGGUAUGAGGAGUCCCCAGGCCAUGCAGACUACUCGCCCUCCUUUCAACAGAGCCAUGUCUUUAGACAGCCCUAUGGGCUCCAGUGCUUCAGCGAGGAGUGUCAACACAUUCUCCAUGUUACAGAAACAAAACUUGAUGGGUGGAAGUCCAAGAAUGAUGGAAAACCAGGAAAAUUUUGGAGCCAAUCUGGCAAGUGCUCCCAACAGAAGUGUGGCAAUGAAUCAGCAUCAGUCAGCAGACUGGGGUUUGUCAAACUCAAAGGUGAACAGGUUGGAACAGACAAAUUCCUCUUCGAUGCUGAGGCCAGGAGCGGAGUUCAGCGCAUCCCUUCCCAGACCCACGGUGGGUGGCUCUAUGCCUGGGCUGCCUGUUCGCUCCAACAGCCUACCUGGGACACGACCAAUGCUGCAACAGCAAAUGAUUCACAUGAGGCCAAAUGAGAUAAACAUUGGCAUGGGAGGGAAUCCGUAUGGACAGCCAGGUCCAUCCAAUCAACCAGGAUCCUGGCCUGACAACAUGCUGUCCAUGGAGCAAGCAUCACGGGGUUCACAAACCAGACAAUUAGUUAGAAACUCCUUGGAUGACCUCUUAUGUCCAGCACCAAGUAUGGAAGGCCAGAAUGAUGAAAGGGCUCUUUUGGAUCAGCUGCACACAUUGCUGAGUAAUACAGAUGUCACAAGUCUGGAAGAAAUUGAUAGAGCAUUGGGAAUUCCUGACCUUGUAAACCAAGGACAAGCUUUGGAGCCCAAGCAAGAUUCAUUUCAAGGUCAGGAAUCUUCAGUCAUGAUUGACCAGAAGGCUUCAUUAUAUGGUCAGCCCUAUCAAGGGCAAGGGGCAGCAAUGCCAGGUGGUUUUAGUAAUAUCCAGGGACAACAGCCAUCCUUUAAUUCAGUGAUGAAUCAGAUGAGCCAACAGAGCAGUUUUCCACUUCAAAGCAUGCAUCCGAGAGCAAACGUGGUGAGACCUCGCACCAAUACGCCAAAGCAGCUCCGCAUGCAGCUCCAGCAGCGGCUCCAGGGGCAGCAGUUUAUGAAUCAGACUCGUCAAACGCUUGAAAUGAAAAUGGAAAACCCAGUCAGUGGCAAUACCUCAGUGAUGAGACCAGUUAUGCAGCCACAGGUGGGAUCACAGCAGCAAGGUUUUCUUAAUGCUCAAAUGGUGGCUCAGCGUAACAGGGAGCUAAUAAGUCAUCAUUUUAGACAACAGAGGAUGGCAAUGAUGAUGCAGCAGCAACAGCAACCUCAGGCCUUCAGUCCACCACCAAAUGUGACUGCCUCAGGAAGCAUGGAUAGUGCUUUGACAGGCCCUCCAAUGGCUCAAGUUCCUCCACAGCAAUUCCCCUACCCACCUAAUUAUGGAAUGAGCCAACAACCUGAUCCUGCAUUUAGCAGGGUAGCAAGCCCUCCCAACCCAAUGAUGUCAUCAAGAAUUGGACCCUCCCAGAAUGCAAUGAUACAGCAUCCUCAGACAGCAACGAUGUACCAGUCCCCUGAGAUGAAAGGCUGGCCCUCAGGAAGCAUGCCCAGGAGCAGUUCUUUCCCCCAGCAGCAGUUCAGCCAUCAAGGUAACCCUGCAGCAUACAGCAUGAUGCACAUGAAUGGCACCAGUGGCCACAUUGGACAGAUGAAUAUCAAUACCAUGCCCAUGUCAGGGAUGCCUAUGGCUCCAGACCAGAAGUACUGCUGA